CAUGUCCGCUUCAGUUUUACUCAAAAACUGACGGAGAAGGCUUGUUUCAAUCGCGCAAGAAACCUUUUUUCUCUUUUUCUUUUCUUUAUGUUCUUUACCCCUUCCCAAAGGGACUCUGCAAACAUUAGCUAGGGCAAAGCACAUUUUCUCUCUUACUGUGUUCUAAACCCUAUUGGUUUUGCAGAAAGACGUUCUACACCCCCCAUGGACCUGCUCCGAUCCAAUCUCUCCCGGGUUCGGAUCCCGGAGCCCACCAAUCGCAUCUACAAGCAAGAAUGCUGCAUCUCUUUCGACACUCCGAGAUCAGAAGGUGGGUUGUUUAUCGACAUGAAUACAUUUCUUGCUUUUGGGAAGGACUGUGUUGCUUGGAAUUACGAGAAGACUGGGAACCCGGUUUAUUUGCAUUUAAAGCAAAUAAGAAAGGCGGUUCCCGAAGAUAGGCCAUCCAAAAAACCAACUCUCUUGGCUAUAGGUGUUGAUGGAGGAUUUGACAACAGUGAAUCUGAAUAUGAAGAAACUCUCACUAUAGUCAUAUUACCUGAUUAUGUUACUCUUCCAUUUCCGUCGGUUGAGUUGCCUGAGAAGGUCAGGUUGGCUGUUGAUGCUAUCUUGAUGGCUGAGGGUGCCGAGCGGAAAGAGCAAGUUGCAGCUUGGAUAGCUGAUAAGAAACAAACAAGUUCCUAUGCAGUGAAUUUGCUACAGAUUGACAAUGGUGUCAUUAUCCCUCCAUCUGGGUGGAAAUGUGCAAAGUGUGAUAAAAAGGACAAUCUUUGGUUAAAUCUUACUAAUGGAAUGAUCCUUUGUGGGAGAAGAAAUUGGGAUGGUACUGGUGGCAACAAUCACGCCAUUGAACACUACAAGGAGACAGGCUACCCUCUUGCUGUAAAGCUUGGGACAAUUACAGCUGAUUUGGAAGCAGCAGAUGUUUUCUCUUACCCAGAGGAUGAAAGUGUUCUGGACCCUCUAUUAGCAGAGCAUCUAGCACAUUUUGGCAUUGAUUUUUCUUCAUUACAAAAGACUGAAAUGACAACUGCUGAGAGAGAACUGGACCAGAAUACUAAUUUCGAUUGGAACCGAAUCCAAGAAAGUGGACAGGAAGUGGAACCACUAUGCGGACCAGGUUAUACCGGACUUGUUAAUCUUGGAAACAGCUGCUACUUGGCAGCAACUAUGCAAGUCGUGUGUUCAACACGUUCUUUUGGUUCACGAUACUAUAUGACCCAAAGUUUAAAAAUGGCUUUUGAGAUGGCUCCUGCUGAUCCAACUGUAGACCUUAAUAUGCAGUUAACUAAGCUGUCGCAUGGUUUGCUAUCCGGUAAAUACUCUAUUCCAGCACUGGAGAAAGAUGAUAAUGCAAAUGCUACCUCAACCACAACCGCUAAACAGGAAGGUAUACCCCCUCGAAUGUUCAAGGCAGUUAUUGCUGCUAGCCAUCCUGAAUUCUCUACGAUGAGACAGCAGGAUGCCCUGGAAUUCUUCCUACAUUUUCUUGACCAAGUUGAACGAGCUAAUGCUGCAAACCCUGAAUUGGAUCCUGCAAGGAGCUUCAAGUUUGGUAUCGAAGAUCGAAUAUUAUGUUCAUCUGGAAAAGUUACUUACCAUAGAAGGCUUGACUACAUCCUUUCACUAAAUAUUCCAUUGCAUGAGGCUACUAAUAAAGAAGAUCUAGAAGUAUUUCAGAAAUUGAAAGCAGAAAAGAUUUCAGAAGGGAAGAAAGUAUCCAGCGAUGAAAUUGUACGUCCAAGGGUGCCUCUAGAAGCAUGCCUUGCAAGCUUUUCAGCUCCGGAGGAGAUACAUGAAUUUUACAGCACUGCCUUGAAGGCUAAGACAAUGGCAGUCAAGACUGCAGGUCUGACUUCGUUCCCUGAUUACUUGGUGUUGCACAUGCGCAAAUUUGUUAUGGAGGCGGGCUGGGUGCCAAAAAAGCUUGAUGUCUACAUUGAUGUUCCUGAUAUCAUAGAUAUCAGUCACAUGCGCAGCAAGGGUCUUCAACCUGGGGAAGAGCUAUUACCGGAUGGCGUUCCAGAGGGUGACAGAGAACCAAAUAAGCCCUUACCAGAUGAGGAUAUUGUUUCUCAGCUUGUCUCAAUGGGAUUCAACCAUUUUCAUUGUGAGAAAGCUGCCGUAAGGACCUCAAACACUGGUGUCGAAGAGGCAAUGAAUUGGUUACUUUCUCAUAUGGAUGAUCCAGAUAUCGAUGUUCCUAUUUCCCAAGAGGCAGAAGGUGCUGAGGCUUUGAGCCUUGACCAAUCAAAAGUUGAUACUUUGAUUUCAUUUGGUUUUCAAGAAGAAAUUGCUAGAAAAGCACUGAAGGUUUCGGGUGGUGACAUCGAGAAAGCAACAGAUUGGAUUUUUAGCAAUCCUGAUCCUUCUUCAUUGGAUCUGGAUGCUACCACAUCAAACACUGCACCUACUCCCACCGAUGCUGGACUGCCUGAUGGAGGAGGGAGGUAUAGACUGAUUGGAAUAGUUAGCCACAUUGGAACCUCCACUCAAUGUGGUCACUAUGUCGCUCACAUAUUUAAAGAAGGUAGAUGGGUUAUUUACAAUGAUGACAAAGUCGGUGCCUCCGUGAAUCCCCCCAAAGAUAUGGGGUAUCUAUAUUUCUUUGAGAGGCUUAACAGUUAAGUGACACCUGGCAGAUUAGGAAAUUCCAAUCCAACAGGAAAUAGGUACCAUGAAGUCUCAUAGAAUCUGGACUAUCACCAAACUGUGUCUUUGGGUUGUAGAGCAUUUGCGGAUAUAGACAUUAUGAUCAAUUAUUUAAAAAAAAAAUGAACUUUAUGAAAUUCACAGAAAAAUUUGAAACAACAAUUUACCUGUUUUUUCACUGUAAGUUUUUGUAUUGUAUUAUGUUUCUGCUCUGCAACGAGAUUGCUUGUUUAUCUGUAUUUGUAUUGGUGGAGCAAUCAGCGAGGAGAUUUUUGUGUUGCA